AUGGCAACGGCCCCUUCGCCGCCCUCUACGCCUGAUGCGCGGCCGGGCUUGCCGCUGGAGGAGCGCUACGUUAAGCUCGUGGAGGCCUACAAGAAAAUCAAACAUCAAAAUGGACUCCUCAAGCAGGCCGUGCUGCAGGGGCGGGAGGCACUGCAAGAGGAAACCAAACUGAGGGAAGCUACGCAGCUGGAAGCGAAGGAAGUGGAGAAAAAGCUGCGUUCUGCCGUAGAGGAGAACAACAUGCUCAAAUUCCACAACAAUCGCAUCACCAAGAAGGUGGAGGCUCUUCAGCGACGCUUCAAGGAGGAAGAGCAAACGGAGAGUCUGGGCUGGUUCAGUUCUGGCACCAAGGUGGAGCUGGCCAAGAAGAAGGAGGAGCUACAGGCCGCUAAGACCGACCUCGAAAGCAAGAUACGCGAGAACGAAAAGCUGCACCGAGAAAACGAUGAGCUGAAGAAGGAGCACAAGCAAACGGUGGAGCUCCUGACGCAGAAGAUUCACGGCAUCAAGAAGAACCUGCAGCAGCAACAGGACGCUCUGCGCGACAAGGAGAACGAAACCAGCUUCGCCAUCAACAACCUCACCCAGGAGCGGGACCAGCUCUCCUCCAAGAGUAAAAUCCUUGACGACACACUACAGCGAACGCAAAACCUGAUGAAGGAGCGCGAGAUCGCGAUGACACAGAUCCAACAGAAGCUGCGGGACGACCUGACCAAGGCAUCGUCCGUGCUCGCGCGGAAGGUGCUCUUCGACGACUCCAAGAACGAGGUCUACAACCAGUUCAACGUGGCCACGUUUGAUCGCAAGAGGCAGCAGCAGCAGAAGGAAUUCGUGGACGUGUGGCUCAAGCACUUCCGCCAAUUCAUCUCGCACUACGGUGACUAUUUUUCUGCCUUCCAUGAGCGUCUACUCAUCCUCAACAAGAGCAUGACCAUCACGGACGCGCUUCGCAACAUCAACCGCAAGCCAGUCACCGCCAUGGCAGCUUCCUACGAGCAAGCCAAACAGCCAGCCCAAGUCGACCCUCAGCAAGCGGCAGCUGUGGCGGCGAUCAAUCGUUACAUGCUGUUCAACAAGAAGCUUCUGACCUACCAGUUGCUUCGCCUGGAAGAGGAAUCCAAACAAGAGAACUGUGACGACGGGAUGAGGGCGCGCAAUGAGCUGCUGGGCGACACGUACACCACCAUGCAGUCCCUCUUGGAGAAGCUCUACAGCUAUGUGUGCCUGGCGUUCGGCGGUGAAGACGGGAAGGUGAGCAAGUGCAACGAGCUGUUUGUGGUCAAGCAAGUCCACGCAUGCUUGGUUUCGAUGAACACGGCCAUGAAGACUUACGUAGCGCAGUUGGGAUCGAAGAUCGACCACGAGCACAAGGACCCCUUCGUGCUUCCCGCCCUCAAGUCGGUCAACGAGCGAAUAAUGCAGUACCAGACCUCGGUCGCGACCUUCUUCGCCAAGAUGUCCCAGUCCUUCGAGCUGUUCCUCAACCUCCUCCUGAGCCCCAUUGCUAUCCCCGUCCGCGGGGUGCAGGUCGGUACAUUCCGUCUGGAGAAGCGGGCGAGGGACUACCUCGCGCUCGUCAACAGCGAACCCGCUCCGGAAUCAAUCCCCUACCUCGAGGCCCUGAACAACAAGCGCACCGUGGCCGACCUCGACGGCGCCCGGCGACUCAUGCAGGAAAAGAUCCAAAAGCUUACCCAGGUCAACGAGCACCUCCUUCGCGAGAAGAAUCGACUCCAGGCGGAACUCACCUCGUCGAAGGACACCCUCGCAUCGAAGCAAUCGCGUCUCGACACCCUCCUCUCAGAGCUGGUCAAGGUGCGACAGAAGCACGACGCCCUGGGUGUGUCGGUGGUGCCAAUCACCACCGGCGCGCCAACGUCGCCGGAGCUGCUGCCCGCCCCCGACAAGGAGUACGGGCUCACCGACAAUCCGGCCGUUUCGUUCGACGAUGAGGAGCAGCUCGCCACCGACACCUCCGACUAUGAGCGCUCGGUCACCGGCACCCCGCUUCUGGGCUCCCCGCUCAUCUCGUUCGAGGAGGGGGCCAACGAUGCGGAGGAGGCCGCGGUGGAGGGCUCCUCGCCGGCCACCACCUCAUCGUCCCUCUCGCUCCUCGACCUGGAUUUCGGACCUCCGUCCACCGACGGUCUCUCUCUUAUGGCUUCGGACAAGGAGCGAUCAUUCACCGCCAGUGAGGUGGUCGGGGCCAGUAAGUCCUAUUCUCUAAUCGUCAUGGACGAAACGGGCUCCCAAUCCGAUUCUCUGAACCUAUCAGAAGAGGACCGAGAACGAGAGCAAGCGCUCAAGAAGUUCUACGAGACCCGCGUGGAUCAGCUGAUGUCGCAGAUUAAAGAAGCCGAUAGGAAGGCCGUAGAGCUUCACGAGGAGUACACCAAGGCGGUGGACAGUCUGGCCAGUCUCGUCACGCAGCGAGAUGAGCUGCAGAACAAGUUGUCUGUGGCCGAAAAGGCGCUGGCUGCCUCCAAGGACGAGUUGGAGUCCACAAGAAGCAACUACGAACAACAGAUGAAGCUUCUCUCAGAGCACCUCGUCACGCUCAACGAAAAGAUCAUGGCCCAGGAGGAGCAGAUCGGCAGCAUUCGAAGCGCGCAAGCGUCUGGCUAUCCACUAGCCAGCAGAGGCAACAGGCGGGGCUUCUAG